AUGAGAAAAGAAGCAGCCCUGACGUUAACUCUCUUCUGGGCCUUGGCAUCAGGGUCCCAGCCCCUCGAAGCGGGAGCCGCUAAACAGCAUGCCGCGGCUGAAAGCCAGAAAUGCCCCACACCGUGCUUUUGCAGCUACGAUGACUGCAACGACGAGCUGAGCAUCUACUGCAGUUCUCGGAACCUCACAAGCCUCCCCGAAGACAUGCCCCGGGCCGCGCGGCUGUUCUGGCUGGACGGCAACAAUUUCACCUCCUUGCCGGCUCUGGCCUUCCGCAACCUCUCCAACCUGGAGUUCCUCAACCUUCAGGGGAGCCAGCUGGCCCUCAUCGAACAGCACGCCUUCCACGGCUUGGAAGGGCUGUACUCCUUAUUUCUGGAACGCAACCGCUUGAAAUCUCUGGCGCCCAACAUCUUCCUCCACUUGCAGAACCUGGCCUCCUUGAAUCUCAACAACAACCAGUUCGGCAAGAUGGAAGAAGGCGUGUUCGCCGGGCUGUCCAACCUCUGGUACCUGAACCUCGGCUGGAACUCCUUGGUGGUCCUGCCAGACAGGGUCUUCCAUGACCUGCCCAACCUGAGAGAGCUCGUCCUAGCCGGCAACAAGCUGCACUACCUGCAGCACCAGCUGUUCUACAGCCUCACCGAGCUGAGGGAGCUGGACUUGAGUGGGAACACCCUCAAGGGCAUCAAGGGCAACAUCUUCACCAAGCUGCAGAAGCUGCAGAAGCUCUACCUGCAUCACAAUCACAUCAACGCCGUCGCCCCCCGGGCCUUCUUGGGCAUGAAGUCCCUGCGGUGGCUGGACCUGUCCCACAACCGCCUGACCACGCUGUUCGAAGACACGUUCUUCAGCCUCUCGACCCUGCACGUCUUGCGCCUGUCUAGCAAUUCAAUCGCCGGAUUGAGGCCGAGGACCUUCAGAGACCUCCAGUUCUUGGAAGAGCUGCAGCUGGGAAACAACAGGAUCCGGAGCCUGGCGGAAAGGGGUUUCGAGAAGCUCGGUCAACUCGAGGUGCUUGCUCUCAACGAUAACCAAAUUCAAGAGAUCAGGGCCGGGGCGUUCCUGGGCCUGGCCAACGUGGCCGUGAUGAACCUGUCCGGCAACUGUCUGAAGAACCUCCCAGAUUUUGCUUUCAGGGGUCUCAGCCAGUUACACAGCCUUCACUUGGAGAACAGCUGCCUAAGCAGGAUCAGACCGCAAAUGUUCUCUGAUCUCUCCAGCCUCCGGAGACUUUUCUUGCGGCACAACGCGAUCGCUGUGAUUGAGGAUCGUGGCCUCAACGAUUUGCAUGAUCUCCUCGAUCUGGACCUGAAGGACAAUAGGCUGACCAGGCUCCUCCCCAACCAGUUGGCGGGCCUCGCGAACCUGGAGUAUCUUCUCCUGUCCUCCAACCAACUGUUGGAAAUCUCUCCCGAAGCCUUUGCCCCGCUUCAACGCCUCUCCUGGCUCGACCUCUCCAACAAUUACUUGGAGACACUGGAUGGGGAUGUCUUCACGCCCUUGUCGAAACUGGAGUAUCUGAAUGUCAAGAACAAUUCGCUCAGAACCUUCUCCAUGGGUUGGCUGGGCCCUUCCCCCAAACUGGCUCAGCUGUGGCUAGAGAGGAACAAGUGGGACUGCAAUUGCUCACUGAAAGGAUUACGAGACUUUGCUUUGCAAACACCCAGCGUGGUCCUGCGGUACACACAGUCCAUCACAGAAGGGGACACUCCGGUGUACUCGUACAACAACAUCACCUGCCUUAGCCCGGCGGAUGUGAUGGGGCUGGACUUGCGGGACAUCCCCGACGCCCAUUUUGUCAAUUGCUAA